AGCGUCCGGGCCGCGCCGCGCAGACUCAGCCCCGGUGCUGCGCCUCGCGCCGGGCUCCGCGCGCCGAGAAGCUGCUUCAGCACCAGGGACAGAGGCCGCCGGGGCCGCGCCGCGCCAUGGCCAGCGAGGCCCAUGACCUGCAGGAGCUGCGGCGAAGCGCCUCGCUGGCCACCAAGGUCUUUGUGCAGCGGGACUACAGUGACGGGACCCUCUGCCAGUUCCAGACCAAGUUCCCCCUGGAGCUGGACAGCCGGCUCGAGCGGCAGCUCUUUGAGGAGACAGUGAAGACCCUCAACGGCUUCUACGCCGAGGCCGAGAAGAUCGGGGGCAGCUCCUACCUGGAGGGGUGCCUGGCCUGUGCCACAGCCUACUUCAUCUUCCUCUGCAUGGAGACCCACUAUGAGAAGGUGCUAAAGAAGAUCUCCAAGUACAUCCAGGAGCAGAACGAGCAGGUGUAUGCGCCACGGGGCCUGCUGCUCACCGACCCUGUGGAGCGGGGCAUGCGGGUCAUCGAGAUCUCCAUCUACGAGGACAGAUGCAGCAGUGGCAGCACCAGCAGUGGCAGCAGUAGCAGUGGGGGCGGGGGGGGCCGGUGACUGGCAGCGAGUCCCUGUGGGGACCUGCACUGCCGGGAUCAAGGCCUCGCCGAGCUCCACCGGCUGCGGUACCAGAGCACCCGGUUCUGAGCGCCCCCGGCGGGGCGGGGCAGGGCUGGCGGCCGCUGUGGGGACCCCAGCAUAGACCUGCUGCCGGAGCGGGGCGAGGGCGCCUGGGGCCGAGCCCCAUGGGGCCCUAGGCAGCCAGCCCAGCCCAGAGCCAAUGGCCCUGUGCUGGACUUGCCCCCAGCCCAUGCCCUGGGCAGUGCCAACUGGGGCCUCCCCCUCCCGUAAAGCCAGGAGCUGAGGGAGCUGCAGAGGAACAGCGAGGUGAUCCUGAUCGGGGGUCUCCAGCUCUCGCUGAGCAGCCUCCCACCGGCCACUGCUCCUGCUGCCGUGAGUGUAGCCGCGGCACGUGGCGCAUGCUCGGCCCUGCUGUGGCUGGCAAAGCCUCAGGCACCAGCUUCCUCUGUAGGUUGGGCCCUGCCCUGUAUUGCCCUGUACCACCAGCGAGCCUGAUUCCCUGGCCAUGUCCUUCCCCUGGCCCCACGAUCCCCUCCCAGCUCGCAACUCCCACUCCCCAUUCCCAGCUGUUCGGGCCAGAGACCGGGCUUGGUGGGGACCAUCCACCACGGCUGGGUCACCGUCACCCUCUCCUGCGUGAAUGAGCCCACGUGGGACACUAGUGGACGUGUGGGGGAGAGGGAGGGGCUGGGGGGUGACAGCACAACCCAGGGGGUCACCAACCCUCUCCAAACUCCUCCUCAGCCAAAGGGAUUGAAGCCCGUGAGCCCAAGGGUGCGGCCAGCCCCACGCCUGCUGCAGCCCCUAUGUCCCAGCCCUGCCUCUCUGCCUGCUCCCCUAUGCAGGAGGGGUGUUUGCACCCUGGGAGCUGCCUCACCCAGCCCCACCCUGCCUGCCCCCCAUGUCCCUUCCCUGCACGUCCCCUGCAUGAGCCUGUCGCUUCCCUGCCCCAGCCCAGGGCUCGUGUGGAGUGUGUGGCCCCAGUGCUGGGGCCGUGUCCUGGGGGCUGUGUGCCCCCAUCAAAGGUCAAAGUGUUGACCCUACCGACAGGGGAGGAGUGACCCAUCAGCCCCAUCGGGGCGCCCCCCAAGGCAGCUUUCCUGGAAGGUGCCCCCCCGCGUCCUGCCUGGGCCGUGCGAGCUAGGUGCACAACCAGUGGCCCGCAGGGGGUGAGCUGAACUAGGCCAGUAGCCAGCCCGCCUCACCGGGCCAGUUCUGGUGGGGGCAGAGAGGGGCUACAGAGGAGAGGCAGGUCUGGCACUGUGGGGCAGGGGCACUUCAGGGAAUGGGGCAGAGGGUGAGAGCUGAGGUUCCCUGGCCGGGAUGAUACCGGAGGCCAAAGUGAAGGGUCCAUGGAUCUGGCGAUACGAGUCUGCCCUACACGGCAGGGGGCGCUGCAGGGCCUGGGGCAGACGGGGGAUGGGGCCGGGGCAGGGCUGAGCAGAUGUCGCUCUCAGAGGGCUCUGGGAGAGUAGGCUGGGGGCACAGAGCACCGGGAACGGCCCCUGCCCCCGCACGGACACACAAUAAACCUUGUGCUGCCAGCCCAGCUGCCUGCACCACUUCCUCCCGUGUCGAGGGAACGUGGGAAGCUGGCAGCUGGGGGCCCUGCUGGUGGGACAGGGCCUCUCCUGGCCUGGGGGCAGCCGGCCUGGUCUGGACCUGACACCACAAUCGCAGGGCUCGGGAGCCUGCCUCUACUGGCCUGGCACCCUGGGGGCAAAGCUGGGGGUGCCAUGUGGCUGGCACAUGGGCUGGCCCAGAGCUAGCUACAGGGAAACCAGCCCCCUCAGGGCAGGCAGGUGCUGGGGGUCUCUUCCCUGGCUCACGUAACCCCCCCUGCCUGGGGCCAGGGGCCCCGCUCCAUCCUGCUCCUCCCCAGAGCUAGCUCCCCUGGCUGCAGGCCUGGCCCCUCCUGGUGUAAAAGGCAGCACUGCAGCUGGGAGUCCAUGCAGGGCGCAGUACAGCCCCCCCUGCUACUGGAUCCAGUUGGUGUCUACACCCCCAGCACACACUGCGCCACCUGGGGAGCCCGGGGUGGGGGGUGCUCAGGAACACAAAUCCAGCAGGCGGUGACAGAAGAGACGGGGAGGGGGGCGUGGGGAAGGGGGGACACAUU